AAUAAACUGCGCGCGCAUCACUACUUUUCAGCCGUGUGUGCGUGCCACUCACUCAAACGCGUGUGUAUUCGUGUGUCGUGUAGCGCCGACGUUUCCGUUUAUAUAACGGUAGCAUCUUGGAACCUGAGACCAUUGAGUCGCCGACUGUCAGAAUCACAUCACACGCUAUUCCGACACCUCUACUCGCCGAAAUAAUGAGAUCCUACACGCUUGUAUUCGUCGCUCUCGCGACUGUUCUCCUCUGCACUGAAUAUGUCAAUGCAAUGGAAAUAUGGAAAUGUCCCCAAGAGAAUUGUCUUGUGCCUGAAAAGUGCGACAUACCCAUAAGAGAUCAAAGUUUUUGCCAUGAGCAGGGUACAGCAUGCUGCAACGUAGUUAAAUCGGAAUACAGGACUCACUGCCAUCAGCAUGGUGGAGAAUGUAUGGACACGUGUGCUACGGCCUUGCAACGCAACACGGUUGACUGCACGGGCAAUCAAGUCUGUUGCGUUCUUUUGUGAUUUAUAUAAAAUUAAUUAACUGACGCUUAGUAACUAUGUAAAGCAUAAUCUCGUCCUUACAAUUUUUAAGUCUUAAUCUAAUUACAACAAAAUGUCAAAAGAAUAGUUUAGUAUUUAGCAUUUUUAAUGCUUUAGUACAAUAAUAACGUAUCUAAUUCUUAUUGAAAAAAAUUAUUCGAUUCAAUAAAAGCGAAUAUUAUCUCCAUAUAUUAUAUAAUAUAUACAAAAGAAUUUGAUUUGUAAUUACAAUGAGACUUGAGUAAUUUAUGAAAAAACACAGAUAUGUCAUGCGCAUAUAAAUCGCUUAUUUUCAAG